GGAUCUGCCUUGCGUUCAAAACAUCCUCGACCGAAUUCAGGCCCUCCUCAACGAGAUAUGGAAUCGCGGAAACGAUUGCCCGAUUCUCACCAUUGCAAGCCAGCCAGUUCGAAAACCAGACGCGAGGAUCAGAACCACGCCAAGGACCGGGCUGUGGGGUCCAUCAUGGGCAAAGGCGGAGAGGCCUUGAACCAAUGGCAGAUGAACGACCUCAAGGUGAAGAUGUCCCGAGCCACAUCCUUCUUCCCGGGGACUUCCAGCCGCGUUUGCUUGCUCACGGGAUGCGGCGAGAAAGUCCAGGAAGCAUUGGAAGCGUUCGCCAUCAAGAUUUGGUCGCGAAAUGGAGCCAUUGACACGGAGCGAGAUUUGUAUCUGACACUGGUCGUGCCCAAUGAGACCGCCGGAUUGAUCAUUGGUACGAAAGGUCGUCAAAUCAAGUACAUCUCCGAGACCAGCGGGGCUCAGGUGGUGCUGUCACGCAAAGAAGAUGAUUAUAUCGUACAAGAGCGACAAGUCACGGUCAGCGGAAAUAAAGCGAGUGUCCUCCGAGCUGUCGACCUCAUCCUACAGCAAAUUCAUGACGACCCUUUCUCUGGGAGUUGCCUCACCGUGGAUUAUGACGUGAACAAAUCCCGAUCCCGGGACGAGAGGUCGAUGAAAAUGGCGCCUUCCAACCAUCCGGCGGUGGCCGAUCUUUCCUCUUUGGAUCGCUCAGAUAAGAAUUCGCCCUUUACCGUGUCCUUGUCCUCCGGGGAAUCGAUGCAUUUAAAGCUGAAAAUGGACGGGUCAAAUUCGCACAUCGAUCCCAAUCUAAGUGAGCAGUACCUUCACGCGAUCGGAAACUCGCUCCGUCAUUCCGGAUUCUAUUCCCCUACGGCCAUUGAUGACACGCUAAGGUCCUUUUCGUCGUUGAUCUCGCAUGGGAUUUUCCAAUUCGAGUUCACCUGUAAUCAAGGGCCCUCCCAAUCCGCUUUUGUGGAGCCUCCCACAUCCGGGGCUAUCCCCAUGGACAUUCCGCCACCGCCAAUGGUCACGAUCACCACCACCGCGAACCCCAAUUCGGACACGACGUUUGUGAGUUAUCAAAACCCAGCCUGGCCCGCCAACGCGGCCCAUGAAGCCAUGGGGAACGCGAAUGAGCCGGAGACCAGAGAGGAGGAGACCAUCGAGAUCGAAGACAGUGCAAUUGGUUCAAUCAUGGGGAGGGGUGGACACAUUCUGGUCGAGAUCCAGAAGACUAGUCAGACCACGAUUGUUAUCUCCAGCAUUGGCGUGUUUGCACCCAACACUAUGAACAGGAUCGUUACAAUUACGGGGACUAAGAAGGCCAUUCAAUAUGCCAAGAUGUUAAUUCAAGAACGAAUCUCCCGGAACGAAAACUCCAGACGACAAAACGCCAAAUAAGAAGCCAUGCGAUAUCUUGUUUCAUAUUGUACUUGAUUUCGUUGAUUCAUUUCAUAAAAAUCUUGAGGAGAACAAAAGAAUAUGAAGAAUGGCUUUCAA